AUGGGAGAUCCCGAGGUGUCGUCUGAACGACACCGUGUAGGGAGAUCUAUCUCAUCAUUCUCGUCAUUCAGAAUUAUACCGAUUAAUGAUUACGAUACUCCUCACUCAGAAGGAACAAAUUUUUCGCCAGUUGACAAAGAAAUAGACAAUUGGUUGCCCAUAACUGAAUCGAGAACGGGGAAUGCUUAUACGGCAGCGUUUCAUCUCUUGUCUACCGGUCUCGGAAAUCUAGCAUUUGUUCUCCCCUUCGCUUUUACCUCACUCGGAUGGUCAGGGGGGAUAGUGGUUCUGACUGUGUUUUUUGCAUGGCGGCUCUACACGAUAUGUCUCUUAGUUUCUCUUCAUGAAACGGCUGAUGGAACUCGUUAUAGCAGAUACAUUCAACUCGCUAUCGUAGCUUUCGGGGAAAAAUUAGGAAAGUGCCUUGCCAUUUUCCCAAUAGUAUACCUAUCAGGAGGCACUUGUAUCAUGACUACUAUAACAGGGGGAAACACCCUACAACUUUUCUACAAAGCCAUAUGUAAAAAUGAUCAAAAUUGUCUUGACAAAUCACCAAGUGGAGCUGAAUGGUACUUAGUGUUUAUUUGUCUUGCCAUUUUAAUUGCCCUAUUCUCUCCAAAUUUGGACUCUUUGGCUUGGGUCUCUUUUGUUGGUUCAAUCAUGGGUGUCUCCUAUUUCACUAUACUUUGGACACUCUCUAUUAGUAAAGGCAGGCUUAAUGGAGUCUCUUAUAAUCCCUCCGAUAAUGUAACCACAAAUAUGGAGCGAUUUCGCGAUGUUUUAAAUGGUAUCGCUAUCAUUGCCAUGGGUUUCCGAGGUCAGAAUCUUGUAUUGGAAAUACAGGGGACAUUACCAUCAAAUCCAAAACAUCCUACAAGGACAAGAAUGUAUAAAGGAGUGAUAGCAUCCUACUCUUUUGUCGCAAUGUGUGAAUUUCCCUUGGCAAUUGGAGGAUAUUGGGCUUAUGGAAAUAUGAUGCCUGAAAAUGGAAUUAUGGUUGCAGUAGCCAAGUACCACCAAGAGAGCACACCAAAGGGGUUAAUAAGCACAAUAUACUUGAUGGUAGUGAUCCAAUGUUUAUGUUCAUUUCAACUUUUCGUUAUUCCCGUCUUCGACAACUUGGAAAGAAUAUAUGUUAGCAGGAAGCAUAAGGCGUGCCCAAGGUGGGUUCGAUCAUGCAUCAAGCUCUUGUAUGGCGGAUUGGCAUAUUUUAUGGCUGUGGCAUUCCCAUUCUUGAUAAGCCUAGCUAAAUUUAUAGGCGGAAUCGCGCUGCCAUUAUCUUUGGUGUACCCUUGCUUCAUGUGGAUUUCAAUCAAGAAACCUAAAAGAAACAGUUUAAUGUAUUGCCUCAACAUGUUUCUUGGGUGUUUGGGCACAUUGAUCACCGUUGUGCAAGUUGCUGGAGCAUUGUGGUAUUUAGUGGUUAAUAAAUUGGAUGCUAAUUUUUUUAAUCCUUAG